AUGUCAUUGAAACAACGUCGAUCCGACAAGCAAUCUGCAGAAGCAGAAAACAACAACAUCAAUGGUGCUGAUGCUGCUGGUGCGGGUGGAACAUCAUCGGCAGCAGCACAUAGAAUCAAUUCACCUUCCUUAUCGAAACGGGCAGUGACUGGAACCCUAACCGCGGCAGCCAACUUGACAAAAAUGCUUCCAACUGGAACCGUCUUGGCAUUCCAGAUUCUGAUUCCAGUGUUCACGAACAAAGGAUCUUGUGACUCCGUCACACACAUCCUCACACUCGGACUCCUCCUCUUGCUAGCCUUCUCUGCCAUCCUCGCAUGUUUCACUGACACAGUCAAGUCAUCAGAUGGAAAAAGAAUAUACCAUGGUAUAGCAACCAUCAAGGGUCUGUUGCUGUUUGACUACUCGCCGGUUGAUGACACGUCAACUUUACCUGAUUUGGCAAAGUAUAAGAUUAGGGCCAUGGACUUUAUUCAUGCCUUUUUAUCUGUACUUGUGUUCUUUGGAGUUUCAUUGAGUGACACAAAUGUGGUGACAUGUUAUUACCCGAAACCAGGAGUUGAAACUAAGGCUCUUCUGUAUAUUAUUCCUCUUGGAAUUGGAACUCUAUGCAGUUCGCUAUUUCUUCUAUUUCCAACCACCAGACAUGGGAUUGGCUACCCUCUUACAUCUGAUCCAAAAUAG